CUUGUUAUAUCCCCCCGCCCUAGAACCAAACCCCUCCUUUGUGUCUUUGGCGCCGUUCCUAUAUAAAGAAGAGCAGACAAGCCCCCUCUUUUAAUUAUUUCUACAUUUUUUUUUACAACUUCUCUUUUCUCCUGGAAGCGCUCGAACUUGUCGCCAUGGACAUGAAGAAGAGGCUCACCUUGGAGCUGAGGAAUAGGAAAGCAGCUGAGGUCAAAGAGAUGGUUUUAGAUAACUGCCGCUCGGAUGAUGGCAAAAUUACAGGCCUCACAUCAGACUUUGUGAAUUUGGAGUUCCUGAGUAUGAUAAACAUCAACUUAUUAUCGGUGUCUAAUCUUCCAAAACUUGAGAAAUUAAAGAAGUUGGAACUUAGUGACAACCGGAUUUCUGGUGGUUUAGAGGUUCUUGCCGAAAAAACGCCAAACCUGACACACUUAAACCUCAGUGGAAAUAAAAUUAAGGACAUUAAUACUCUUGAGCCCCUGAAAAAGCUAACGCAUCUCAUGAGUCUAGACCUGUUCAACUGUGAAGUGACAAUGCUAAAUAACUACAGAGAGAGUGUAUUUGCGUUACUGCCUCAUCUUACUUACCUUGAUGGCUUUGAUGCUGAUGACCAGGAAGCUCCAGAUUCUGACCCAGAACCAGAUGGAGAAGAUGCAGAUGAGAAUGGAGAAGAAGGAGAGGAAGAUGACGAAGAAGAACUUGAUGAAGAUGAACUUGAUGAGGAGGAUGAAGAUGGAGUAGAUGAUGAGGAGGAUGUGGAAGAAGAAGAGGAAGGAGAAGAGGAGGAAGAUGAAGAUGAUGGUAUGUUGCAAAAUCACAUUGUCUACCAUGUACCCCAAGGAGAAAAACGAAAAAGGGAUUUGGAAGACGAAGGAGAGGAAGACUUUGAUGAUGAGGAAGAAGAUGAUGAAUAAAAUACAAAAGGCUACUGGAUCUUUUUAUAUGGACUGUCUGGGCUGGCCACCAGUGCA